CCACGCUGCCCCUGCCAUGCCUCCCAGUCUGUAGGGGCAGCCGAGCCAGCUGCGAGCGGAGCGGGACAAGGGAGACCAAGCUGAUUUCUCUUGGGGAGGAAACGAGCUUCUUUCCUGGGAGACAUGCUGGAGAGAACCUGAAGAGGAAGGGAGAGUGGCUGCAGCUUGUUUCUGGGGUGGAAGGCGUGGAACGGAGGCAUCUGACUGAUCUCUGAUCGCUGCCCGAGGCUCACCUCCUCCAGACACCACCGGCCCACGUCCCUGCUGGCGAAGCUCUUCGCUGCAAGCAUGGACAUCGUGGAGACGGUCUUCUCUGUGGCCCAGGCCAUCCACACUCAAUUUGAGCAGGUGAAGUGUUGUAAGCAUCAGUGCCAGCGCCUAGUAGAGCGCAUCCAGAUCCUGCUGGAGCCCGUGAGGAUCCUCCAGGCUCAGCCGUCAAAGCACAUCUCCCACCACGAAGAGGAACUGUUGAAGAAGCUGCUCCAGGCGCUGUGGGAAGCCCAGAAACUGGUGACGAAAUACAGCCAGACUAGCUGGAUCCAGAAGCUCCUGAGAGCCCACAGCACCAGCGAGGAGUUUGUCUGGGUGAACGAGAGCCUGGAGGACGUUGCCCAGGGGCUGUCGCUCGUGCUGCAGGCAGAGCAGAAGCAGGUUUUCCUUGAGGCUUUCCAUGAAAAGACCUGUCGCAGGCAGGAUGCUGAGGACUGGAAAGAUGACAGGGCUUUCUUGGACCAGGUGAUCUCAAGUACUGAGGAGCCUGAAGCCAUGCCUCAGGAGAUCUACAUCAACAGGCAAUGUAUGGAGAGCAAGGUAGACUGGAUGCAAAGUGAGAUGAACAAAAUCAUGCGUGUGAUGGACUGCUUGAAGAAGGUCAAUGUUGGUAAAAGAGAAGACAUCACUGAGAUUGAUCGGGACCAGCUCACCUUCUACAGACACCUGCAGGACACCGAGAGCUAUGACCUCUACGAGGGCGAGUACCUCAAAUACCCUGUUGCCAUCAAAACCUUCAAGAGACCGCUGACCACAGACCCAGCGAAGGUGAGAGACAUCUUUGAGAAGGAGAUUCAGACCCUGAAGAAGUUCGAGUCUCCAAACAUCCUACGCAUGUACGGGAUCUGCAUUGAGGAGAAAGAUGGGAGCCCCUGCUUCUCCAUAGUCAUGGAGUACUGCAAGCAUGGGACGCUGCGGGAUGUGCUCACCAAGCAACGGCAUCUGUCCUGGGAGAUCCGCAUUCGGAUGGCCCUGGGAGCUGCCAGAGGCCUUUACAGGUUGCACCAGACGGGGGAGAAGUCCCGGCUUCACGGCUGCAUCUGCAGUAGCAAGUUCCUGGUGGCUGGGGAUUACUGCGUGAAGCUGUCGGGAUUUGAGCUGUGUGAAACAGAGUCAUCCAUCAAGAGGAGAGUCAAGAAGAACUGGAAGCAAGUCUCUAUGUUGGCUUAUGUUGCACCUGAGAACCUGAAAGACAACAAUGACCCCUACAAGAGACCCUGUGAAAUAUACAGCUUCGGAGUCGUGCUGUGGGAGAUUGCGACUUCCAAAAUCCCAUUUGAAGGCUGCACACCCCAGGAGAUCACAGAGAAGGUCUGCAGGCACCAUCACCAGGAUCCUGUUGGGGAAGAUUGUCCUGCAGAUCUGCGGGAGGUCAUUGACCAGUGCCGAGCCUGUGACCCUUCUCAACGCCCUUCUGCCGAGGAGAUUGUGGACUCACUGGCUGAGCUGGAGAAAAACAGAAACCAGGGAAGUUAACUGCAUGAAACCGGCUCAGGGGACCAAAAGCAGCCGUGUGCCUUGGAAAGCAAGGGAACGCAGCGGGCCUUCGUCCUACAAGUCACAGCAUGCCACCACUCUGCUUCCCUGCAGAGACUGAGCCUUCAAUACACGUCUACUUGU